AAGGCGGGGCGGGCGCGGCGCGGGCGCAGCAGCGGCGGAGCUGUCCCAUGCACUGCAGCAGAAUGAUACAGAUCUUGGACCCGAGACCUUUGCCAAGCUCCAUUAUGCCUGUGGACAUGGCCAUGAGAAUUUGCUUAGCACAUUCUCCACCGCUGAAGAGUUUUCUCGGCCCCCUUGAGGACUGUCAAAGAAAUAACUUUGUGAACAGAUUCAAACCUCUCAGACCAUGUCUUCACGUGAAACGUGACUCUGAAGCUCAGAAUAGUGACUGGAACCACUCAGCAGCCCGAGUCAAGAAGCGAGUUGUGUUUGCAGACUCAAAAGGGCUGUCCCUGACAGCAAUACACACCUUCUCCGAGUCCCAGGAGCAGUCUGGGUGGGAUCUUCAGUUUGACCUCUUAGGCCUUGAAAACAUAACAUCUGGCUUAAAGUUACAUGAGGAGAAAAGCUUGAUUCUGGGUUUCCCUCGGCCCUCAGCUGACUACCUGGAUUUCAGGAACCGCCUGCAGAAGAACUUGGUCAGCCUGGAGAACUGCACCCUGCAAGAAAAGGUGCUGUCAGGCACUGUGAAAGUAAAAAAUGUGAGUUUUGAAAAAAAGGUUCAGGUUCGAAUUACCUUUGAUACAUGGAAGACCUACACAGAUGUUGAGUGUGCAUACAUGAACAAUGUUUACAAUGAUUUUGAAAAUGAUACCUUCUCAUUUACCAUUGACUUGCCUCCUGCCAUUCCCUCUGAAGAGAAGAUAGAGUUUUGCAUUUCUUACCAAAGUGGAGAACAUACCUUCUGGGAUAAUAACGAAGGUCAAAAUUACAAGAUUCUCCAUGCAGAGUGGAAGCCUGAUGGUGUUCAGAUACCAUCUGCCAAGAAAGACUGUGUAGAUCUUCAGACUUCAAGGAGAGGACAAGAGAGAGAGCCUGAUCAACUAGGCAGUCCAAGGCUGUCCAGUGGUUUCUUUCCGCAGUGGCAGAGCUUGGGUCGUAUUGAAAAUUGCUCACCAUAUUGGUGAUCAGUACUAGCAAGGAAGCAUUUUUCCAUUUGACAACAGAACAGUGUUAGUUAUCUAGUUCACAGACUACGUGAUGAAACCACCUGCCAGGUUUUGUUGGCUGUCUCAACAAAUCCAAAUUCAUUAGUCUGUGGGACUUGUUAAAUCAUAUUAUGCUACUGAAGUUCUUAGCUAAAACUUAUCCCGGGAAAGAGAGAAGACGAAGAUAAAACCUGUGUCUGUACCACCUACUAUAGAACUAGCAUGCCUGCAUUUUAAGUGUAUGCUUCUUGCUUCCUGCUGUAGACUCUCCUGAGUCACUAGGUGAGAGACUCUUGUGAGGCAGUAUGGAAGGUGAUGGUACCUCAGCAAGAUGUAGCAACUGUGUGUGACAGUGUGUGUGUGCAUAGGGAUGUUACAUGAAUGGAACAUCUCGACUCUUUUUGCACCGGUUAGGAGUGCAGUAGAGAUGAGGUGAUGCCGUGAGGAUGGAGGCUUGCUAUGACCCUCUGUGUGCUUGUAGCAAAGAUGGGUAGGAAUACAUAGCUAGGAUCUGUGGCUUCAAUACAGGUUAAGUAACUUGGAGAGGAUAAUGAAAAUGUUGCAGAAGGGGAAGAGGUAGGAUGUGCUAUGUAACUUGGAGAUGCACAGUGUUCUAAUUUUUUCUUUCCAUAGCUGGUGUUCUACAUCCCAGAGGAAGUUAUAUGGCAUAAAAAGGAGAAUACAGAAAACGAUGCGAAGUGACUGCUGCUUUGGGAAGAUGUCUCUGUCUGUGUUGGCUUUGUGAAUAAUAUGUGUCUUGCAUUUGAGAACAAGUCUAACGUUGACUUCUUCACUUCCUACUCACUUAGCAGGCAGAUGGUUACCUUCUAAUGUUGAAAGAAAAGCACGCCUGUCACAAUUUUUUUUUUUAAAAAACCACCCUACAUGCCAAAAAUAGGGUUAGGUGACAAAGCAGACCAAGUGAUUUGUAACCUUCCUAGUCUGUAGCAACAUCAGAUGAUUUGACUCACCACCUUAUCCAAUCUCAAAGUAUCUGAUGGUUGAGUAUCCUGCUCCCUAUUGCAAAGUUAGCGAUGACUUUUCACAAGUGUGUAACAUAGGCAGGGUCCUUCAUAUUGAAGACAGUGGAUUAGCUGCACUUUGUGAAAGCUGAUUUCUUUAAAAGAGAAGGGUUGCUACUAGUUUUUUCUAGACUGAAUAUAGGUUUACACAUAAAUAGAAAAAACUGCUCUGUUUUAUCGUACCUCAUUUUUGAAGACUUUUUUAGACAACUAAUGUAUAUUUUGUAUAUGUAUACUUAUAAUGGAGCUUUCUGAGCUGUCAAACUGUAAAAGUGAUCUUUAUUUCAUGCAAGACUUGUGAGAAAUUGUCCAAUACAUACUCAGCAGGUGUGAAUACAGACAUACCUUUUAGCUGUACAGAAAUGGUGUUAACAUCAAGAUAUAAAUCCCAUUUUUGCCCAUUGCUAAGAAGUAUCACAUAUUGAGUCUGAAGCUACUUGCAAUGCAGUUAGACAACAAAUACUAAGGUGAAAUAAGUCUGCUCCACUAAUUGCACUUAUUCCCAACUUAGCCCUUGCUGUUAUGUGUAAACUAGCCAUUUUAAGAAUAAAUUGUAUUUUGAUACA